AUGAAUUUUGUAUUGAUGGCUGAUGAGUUAUAUAAGCAAGCAAUUGAUGGAAGCCUGUCGAGAUGGUUAAGUCAAGCCGAUCAAGAUAUAGCUUUAGGAGAAGUUUACAGAGGUAUAUGUGGGGCUCAUCAGGCUGUUUUGCCAUUAGAGAUUAAUCUUAAUACGUUGAGAAUUUUGAGGCAAGAUGACUUGCCAGUUGAUUAUUGUUGGAGUGCAAUGUAUGAUAAGUUGAAUGAUUUAGACUCAGAACGCAUUUUGGCACUUGAAAAUAUGAUUCAACAAAAAAAAAGUGUUGCUCGAAAUUAUAAUCGUCAAAUAACAGAGAAAUAUUUCAGUUUAGAAAAAUUGGUCUUAAAAGUUGUAUUGCCAAUAGAGAAGAAGUCAAGAUUCCUUGGCAAAUGGUCUCAUACUUGGGAAGGACCUUUUCAAGUAAUUGAAUUGUAUUCUGGAAAUGCAUAUCGAAUUAAAGAUAUCGAUUAUGGAAACGUGAUUAAUUCGAUAAAUGGAAAAUACUUGAAGCAAUAUCGAUGA